AUGUCAAAUUAUGUCCUACCUCUGACUCCCUCCACCUUGAUCAUCACCUACAAAGGCUCACAGUCAGAAAUGACCACUGAAACACCCGACCAAAUCUUCUCUGACGAGUCAAGCUUUUACGGCGACGAAGAAGAAACAGCCCGACUAGAAACACAAGUAGCAUCCUACGACCCAGAACCAUACUGGGGGGAAUAUCACCAAAACAUCCUCUCAACAAAACAAUACAAUCUCCAGAACCCGAUGUCAUCAGACGUCUCGAUGAGAGAUGCAUCACCCACAAGCACAAGCACAAGCACAAGCUUACCCCAAGAUCGCCGCGGAAGAACAGAAUCCGUAGCUCAUUUUCUCUCCCGACUACCACCAUCCACUACAGAGCUUACAUCCAGCAGACCCUGGAUAUGGAUGCAUAACCGCCAGAUCCCGAGUAAAGAGGGUGAUGUCCCCGUCCUCCUUCGAAAAGGCCACGAACUUCUCCAGGAUUACGAGAAUGAAAGUGCACUUCUGCGCGAGGCGCACGAUAAAUCUGGCGCGAAGACUACGGCUGGACUAACGCGCAAGUUGAAUCGACUGCGCAGAGAGCUCGAGAAUGACCUCCUUGCUUUGGCGCGGGACACGGGCGUUACGCAUGGGAAAUGGAUGUUGUUUCCUACUGUUGAUCAGGUUGAUGAGACUUGGGGGACUGUGGCUAGGGCGAUGGAGGAAGGGGUGUUGGGGGAUUGUGCGAAAGUUGCUCCGAAUGAUGGGUCUGGGCAGGCUCGCUUGAUCUGUGUUUACACGGCUGAUUUUGGGGAUGUGGAGGAUGUUAAGCGGGUGGUGAAGAAGAUGGUGGAGUUGGGGCUUUUUAAGAAUGCUCGGCCCAUUUACUAUAAGAGUGAUGUGUACACGCUCCUUGAUAUCACUUCGAAGAAUGAUUAUGGGCUGAAGGCGAGUAUGUUCUGCAGUCGGGAUGUGCUUAAGGGGAGUUGA